CUGUAUACUUAGUCGGUUAUUUUAAACAAAAAUAUUAAUAAACUCUUGUUAAAAUAAGAUAUUGAACUGUUUUAUUAAUAAUGAGAAGAUAUACAAACUUGCAAUAUUUUUUUACUGUGUUUAUAUUAUGUUUUAUGAAUUUGGGAUACAAUGCACAAAUUCUGGAAUUAUAUGAAGGUGAUAUUUGCCGCAAAGGUAAUGGAAAAUCUCCCGACUCCAUUUGUCGGAAUAUUGAAAACUGUCCGGUUGCAAAGGAAGGAAUCAAGAAAAAUAUUAUACCGCAACUAUGCUCAUUCAGUGGAUCAAUUCCAAUAGUUUGUUGUCCGCCAGCAAAUAAAACCCUUACCAUUCCACCCUCUACAAUUCAACCUCCUAAACCAUCUACUUCUACAACAAAAAAACCAAUUGUGGGAACAUAUUCAGCCACUGAAAUGUGCGCUCAGUAUUCAGAAUUAAUUUAUUAUAUAAUUCAGGAUCCAAUAUUAACAUCAAAUAAUCAGGAAUACAUCAAAGUUAAAGAUUGUUAUGAUGCCAUUACCUUAAUUACCAAUGGCACAGAAGCUAAACCAAAGGAAUUUCCACACAUGGCUUUGUUAGGUUAUAAUAAAAAACCAGGUUUGUGGGCAUGUGGAGGGUCAUUGAUAAGUAAGAAUUUUGUACUAACGGCAGCUCACUGUGAAAAACAAAAUCAAAACCCGGCAAUAUGGGCCCGUUUAGGAGAUCUAGAUUAUGACUCGGAAAGUGACGAGGCUAACCCUAAAGAUUAUAAAAUAGUUGAACGCAUAAUACAUCCAAAUUACAAAGCACCUUCUUUUUACAACGAUAUAGCAUUGUUUCGUUUAGAAAGAGAUGUAGACUUCUCACCAUUUAUACGACCUAUUUGUCUCAAUACAGAUCAUUAUUUAAGACCACCAGCAAUAAUAGCUACAGGAUGGGGAAGAGUUGAUACAGCUGAACUUGAAAGCUCGAAAUUAUUAAAAGUAAGUAUAAACUAUGUUCCGACCGAACAGUGCGAUGAAAGUUACAAACACAUGUUAAAUAGAAAUCAAAAAUUGUCACAAGGAAUAGUGGAUGACCUCAUGUUAUGUUUUGGCAAUCCGGGAGGUGGAAAUGAUACUUGUUUAGGCGAUUCAGGUGGCCCGAUUCAAAUAAUACAUAAUAGAUACACGUGUAUGUAUUCACAAAUAGGAAUAACGUCAUUUGGGGACACAUACUGCGGAGAGGAUAAACCUGGUGUUUAUACUCGGGUAUCGAAUUACAUUUCAUGGAUUGAACAAAUCGUUUGGCCAAGAAUUAAAUAACUAAUGACUAAUACAAUAAUAAAACACGGGUUCGAAUUAAAUUUUAUUUAUUCUUGAUUAAAACUAUAUAAUAUAAUCGCUGUUCAAAUUUAUAUUUUAAUAAUUGUCUAUAGUAACUGUGGGUCAUGUCAAUCUUUCUAUACUCCAAUAUUAUUUGUAUCGUUAACAUAAUAGAUUUAAAAUGAAGAACAAAAAUAUACGUUUGAAAUAUUAA